AUGUUUCAAUUUUCAGCUCUUCUUCCACCUAAACUGACAGUGAAUCCAGCAGUGAUCACAGAGACAGAAACAGUCACACUGAACUGUCAGACUCCAUCAUCUGUUGAGACAGAAACAGUCACACUGAACUGUCAGACUCCAUCAUCUGUUUCUGUGUCUCAGUGUUAUUUCCGCAUUGGAAGAGGAAAACCUGCCAAAGCCUUCUCAUGUCUGAAGACACUGACAGGGACUGAGCUGCUGGAGGUGACACACCAGAGUUCACCUGCUGAGGUUAAAGUGACAUGUUUUUAUCUCUACGGUUCUUCAUCUCCUGACAGUGACGUUUCCUCCAUCAUCAUUAGAACAUCUCUUCCUCCUAAACUGACAGUGAAUCCAGCAGUGAUCGAGGACACAGAGUCAGUCACACUGAACUGUCAGACUCCAUCAUCUGUUUCUGUGUCUCAGUGUCAUUUCUACAUUUUAAGUGAAGGUACAGCCAAAGUCCUCUCAUGUCUACAAACACUGACAGCUACUGAGCUGUUGGAGAUGGCACAUCAGAGUUCACCUGCCAGGAUUCAAGUGACAUGUUUUUACACUGUAAAGAUUGGAGAGUUUAACUAUCCAUCUCCACACAGUGGCACAUCCUCCAUCACCAUACACAGUUAUAAACCACAGAUGAGUCUUGAACAUUUUGAUGGUGACCACGUCAUCUUUACCUGCUCUCUGCCUGGACCUGCUGAUCAUGAUACAAAAUGUAACCUGUACUUUGGAGAAGCAAGUCGUUCAGUCCUAACAAGAAACAUCUCGGGGAAGAGGACCUCAAAAAAUCAAUCUUUCUGCCAUGACAGAUACAGCCUGACUGCUAUUGUGGAAAAAGAGUCAAGCGUGACACAGACUGUGACAACAUCUCUGAUGACCACAGGUCUGACUGUUAGCACGCCUCGUGCCUCCACUACUGUAACUCCUGUAACAUCAGGGUGGGCUGUCAGUACACCAAGUAUCGCUAUUGGUUUUAUCUCUACUUCAGUAAAACCGGCACCAGGAUCUGGCAGUGAAGCAACAGGUUGGAGUGUCAGCACGACUGGCACUAAAGAAGUCUCUAACCCUGCAACCCCUCAGGAAACAGCUUCAGAAAUGCGGAUAUGGAGGUUUGUAGCAGUUGUGGCUGGUUGUGGAGUAACUGUGGGGGUCGUUGUGCUGGUUUCUGCAAUGCUCUGCAAAAGAAGAACUGUAGCAGGUUCUGGGGAAGUGAAAAGGCAGGAGCCUCAAAAUGAGAAUUUUGAAACAUACCAUUUGUACGCCACCAUCGCUGAGGAGCCAGCAGCAUCAGACCUGAAGGGGAUAACGUACAGCACAGUGCAGAAACACUGACACUGUUUUACACUGUAUUCACCUUAUUCCUGAGGGCACUACUGUAGAAAUAAUUAUGGGCGCAAAUUCCAGUGAGAUAGCAGAAGAAGCAGUAAGCUAGUUAGUCUCAUAGACUGUGGUUAGUCAGUGGCUACUCUUGGUAGCUAACCGCCAACGCUGGUUCUUUUCUAAACUAAUUUGCCUUCAGUUUAGCAAAAUUUUUUAACAAAUAUUUAACUAAUGUUAACUAACUGUUAACUGUCUGUAACGACUAAUGACCAGUCCAAGCUAAAUUUUUGUCUUCAGCAACUGUGUGUUGAUCGUGUAACCAGAACAAAAAUGUAUGAUGUAUGAUCCACAGCACUGGUUCCAAACAACAUGUCAUUUUUUCAGUUUAAGAUUGAAAAUGUAUUUAGUUUUACUCUUAUAUUGUGUAACUAAAGUGGAAUUAUUAUUGUAAUUUUUGUUUUGUUUUCUAAUGGUUUUCUCAUUAAUGUUGAUAUUUCUUAUUUUUUUUGUAUCUGGAUUUUUUUUCUUCUGAGCCUUGUGUGACUACGCA